UCCUGUCGUACAUUCAAGUCAAUCAUUACACACAGGGUACACAACUCCAUUUAGUCUCUGGUCAGAUUUUUGCAACACUGCUAAGCUGAAGCACACAAAACAGACUUCCACAGGAAUCCACAGGCUUCAUAUCCAACUUACAACCUUCACAGGUAGUUGCUACUUGGACCGACUAAACUGUCCAUGGCACGUGUUCUUUCACUGUUUCGGCCAAAGCCUUUUCUGGCCCUCGUGGGGAGGAGGAAACCACCGCUGUGUAAAAUGUCAUUGGACUCGCGGGCACGGGAGGUAUUUGCAGCAGCAGUGAGUGCUGUGCAGCCGGACACUGUAGUCCGGCAGAGUAUAGAGCGCAAGGAGGACUCAGUUAUAAUCGAUGGUCACAAAUACACACUCAAACACAACCUGCACUUGGUGGGCUUUGGAAAAGCUGUACUGGGCAUGGCUGCCGAGGCAGAGAAGAUUAUGGGGGAUCACUUGGUGAAAGGAGUCAUAAGUGUGCCACAUGGGAUUCAGAAGACAUUACAGCAGAAUGGGAAAGAACAUCUGUUGUUAAAAGAAAACAGUCGCAUCAAAGUAAUGGAGGGAGCUAAACACAACCUACCUGACGCCGACGCCCAGAAGGCCGCUGAAGGAAUCGCCCAGUUAGCCAGAGAACUGACAGAGAAAGACUUGCUGCUUGUAUUGAUUUCAGGUGGGGGCUCUGCGCUAUUACCUGCACCCAUCCCUCCAGUCUCGUUGCAAGAGAAAUUUGAUGUUACUCGCAAACUUGCAGCUGCUGGUGCUACGAUACAGGAGCUGAACACUGUCCGUCGUGCUCUUUCUUUUUUAAAGGGUGGAGGGCUUGCACAUUGUGCUCAGCCAGCCAAGGUGGUUGCUCUGAUACUGUCCGAUGUGAUUGGGGAUCCACUGGACUUCAUAGCUAGCGGCCCUACAGUUCGAAGCGAUAUGUGGCCUGAGGAGGUUUUGUCAGUCCUUGAUCGUUACAAGUUGUUGGACGCUAUACCAGCCUCAGUAAAAGAUGUCCUUGGGAGAUUGAGUCCCCAGCGGGAGGAGAAUAAGGAUGAAACUGAUAAGUCAGAAAAUGUUCACAAUGUUGUAAUUGGCUCCAACAGCGUUGCCCUCAAGUGUGCAGGUCGCCGUGUACGAGAGCUAGGUUUCCGCCCUGUUGUGCUGUCACCAGGAGUGUGUGGCGAUGUAAAGGCAGUCGCCCGACUUUACGGCCUCCUGGCCCGCUUUGCCUGUUCUCGUGAGGAGCCUCCUCCUGAGAUUGCUGCUGAGGUGCUGAGGCUGGGGCCUGAGGUCGGUGUAGAGAGCUGGGACCUGUGCCGUACCAUGCAGGUCCUAGGUGAGGGGCGAACAGAAGGAUGGGGUGCCACGUGUCUUUUAGCUGGGGGUGAGCCAACUGUGGAGCUGACAGGCAAAGGCCGAGGUGGUCGAAACCAGGAGCUGGCUCUGCGAGUGGGACUGGAGCUGAGAGGCCUGGAGCUCCCGCCUAAGGGUCCGGUCUUCCUGAGCGGUGGAACUGAUGGUCAAGAUGGACCAACUGAGGCAGCAGGAGCCAUCACUGAUGGAGGGUUGUAUGAAGAGGCCCAAGCACAGGGGCUGGACAUCAACAACUUCCUUACCAACAAUGAUUCUUUCACUUUCUUUUCACGUCUUUCCUCUGGGCAGCGCUUACUUGUUCCUGGCUUAACCUGUACCAAUGUGAUGGAUGUACACAUGCUACUUAUUCCACCGAUUCCUAUUAACAUCAGAUAAACUCAUUCUUAUAAUAUGAUGUAAAUCCAGUGGAUCUGGACAAAUAAAGUUCUCUACCUGACUUGACAGGAUCUCUGUUGCAAUAUUAAAUUCUAGCUACUGCGAGGAGUAUAAGAUAGGGUUGAAAUUUUUAAAAAAUUUCACCACACUGCUUUUGUUAUCAGCAUGAAUGUUUUUAGCAGGGACUUGAAUCAUUUUUAACACAGCUCUACCAAUGUGAGACAUAAAUGACAACUGUAUUUUCAGUACAACAAACAAAUUUAAUAUCAAUCAAGCUAUUUGCACAGAGGUAUAAACUACUAGCUUUGCUGCUAGACUUUCAGGUACCUGAAAUAUGUAGAUCAUUCUGUCUCAGUCAUUUGACAAGGAUUAUGUACACAUCAAUAAACAUUUUCCUAAAUGCA